AUGAUUUAUGGUAGGUGUGCUGCUUGCAAGAGUCAAAGAAGAAGGUGCCCUUCUGAUUGCAUUUUCUCUCCAUAUUUUCCAGCCAAUAAUCCUCAAAGAUUUGCUUCUGUCCACAAAAUCUAUGGUGGUGGCAAUGUUGGAAAAAUGCUUCAGCAAUUACCUCACUAUGUAAGAGAACAAGCUGCAAAUACUCUAUAUUUAGAAGCACAAUGUAGGAUUCAAAAUCCAGUUUAUGGAUGUGUUGGGAUUAUCUCUAAAUUGUAUCAACAAAUUCAUGAUACAGAAGCUGAGCUGGCCAAAAUCCAAACUCAGAUUGCUUGUCAUAAGCUCCAAAAUCAACAAUAUGAAGCUGGAUCAAACUUCAACCUUUUGCCUCCACAAAGUAGCAGCAUGGAGCAGUUUCAAUGGCCUAAUCAAACUCCUAAUUGGUUCAAUUAA